AUGGUGCCACAGAGAAGUAUUCCCAUGCAAAGGCAACAUUUAAAAUUUAGGCUUCCUGCUGACUUCCCCAAUACUGUUGAGCGUUGCAUGAACAUGAAUUCCUCCCCAAGCAGCAUGGACUUUCAUCCUGCUAAAGAUUCUACUCUAUUAGUUGGAAAUUGUAUUGGGGAUGUGGAAGUGUGGGAUAUCUCUUCUGAAGUAAAGUUGUUUGGAAAUGCGUUUAUGAUUUGGAACAGAGAGGCCAUCUCAAUGUUGUUACUGAAUGAUCUAGAUAAAGAUCCACAUAUGUCAGUUAAUCGUGUAUUAUGGAGCCCAGAUGGAUCAGUCUUUGGUGUUGCGUACUCCAAAAACAUCGUGCAGUUGUAUUCCUAUCAUGUUAAUGCUAAUUACGCUGAGAAACAACUGGAGAUUGAUGCUCAUGUGGGUGCUGUAAAUGAUCUCGCAUUCUCUUUGCCUCAUCAUCAACUUCUUGUCAUAACCUGUGGGGAUGACAUGUCCAUUCGGGUAUGGGAUACUAAGAGUGGAUCCAAACACUAUACAUUUGAAGGCCAUAGUGCUCCGGUUUACUCAAUAUGCCCCCAUGUCAAAGAGGAUAUCCAUCUCCUACUUUCCACAUCAACAAAUGGUGAGAUUAAAGCAUGGUUAUUUGAAAAUAUGGGAGCAAGAGUAGCAUAUGAUGCACCUGGUAAUUCUUGCAUGAGAAUGGCUUAUGGUGCUGAUGGUAAAAGGCUCUUUUCAUGUGGGACAAAUAAGGAUGGAGAAUCAUUCAUGGUAGAAUGGAACGAGACUGAAGGUUAUAUAACUAGGUUCUACCAUGGACUCAGCAAACCUUCGGCCGGUGUAGUCCAAUUCAGCACAAGCAGAAACCAGUUUUUGGUGGCAGGUGAUGAACACCUAAUCAAAGUUUGGGACAUGGACAAUGCUCAAGUUUUAAACGUUGUCGAUGCAGAUGGAGGGUUACCAGAAACCCCUUAUGUUUGCUUCAACAAGCAAGGCAGUCUCCUGGCCACUUUUGCUGACGAAAAUAAGAUCAAAAUCUUGGCAAAUGAUGUUGGCUGUCAAUUGCUCCAGAAAUCAAAGUUUAAAUCUUUUGAUUCUACUGGGUAUCUAUCUGAAUCAUUGCAAAAGCUCGGCAUUGGGCCCAGUCCAACUUCUCCAGGAGUUACAGUUCAGGAUAAAAGCGUCCCAAUGGAAGCAAAAAUGAAACCUCAAGUACCUUUGGAGCUGAGUAAGGCCCUGAACAGUCAAAAAUGUUCAAAAAUUCUUCAAGUUUCAUUCUGCAAAUCCUUGAGGCUUCCUUCUGAAGUCAAGACAAACAAGAUAUGCAGGUUAGCAUAUACAAAUGCAUGUAAUGGAAUAUUGGCUUUAGCAGCAGAUGGCAUUCAUCUUCUCUGGAGAUGGUUGGAAAAUGAAUUUAACUUCUUCCAGGCAACCACAAAUCAUGCCCCUCAAUCAUUGCAACCAAGGAAAGCAUUCCUAAUGAUCAAUGACCUUGCUGACAAUAACUUUGAAUCGAUAUCACCCUGCUUUGCAUUAUCCAAGAAUGACUCUUAUCUCCUAUCAGCAUCAGGAAAAAUGGUGUCUUUGUUCAACACAAUGACAUUUAAGAGAAUGAGAAGUUGCCUGCGGUCUCCACCUGCGGCUUCCUGUAUGGCUUUCUAUCCGCCAGAUAACAACAUAGCAGCUAUUGGCAUGGAUGAUUCAACCAUAGUGAUCUACAAUUUGCGUCGGAAUGAGGCCAUAAACAAGCUUAAUGGACACUCUAAAAGGAUUACUGGGUUAGCCUUCUCCACUACAUUGAAAGUACUGGUCUCUUCUGGAGUAGAUACCCAGAUCAUUGUAUGGGAUUUUAAUACAUGGGAGAAAAAACAAAGCACAUCACUGCAGAUUUCUAAUGGGUGGUCGCCAUCAAAAACUUCAGAGACUGCUGUCCAAUUUCACCAGGAUCAAAAACACUUUCUUGCUGUCCAUGAGACACAACUUGCAAUCUACGAAACAACAAGUCUGCGACGUGUGAACCAGUGGAUGAUUGGUGAUUUUUGUGCACGGAUUUCAUAUGCAACACUGUCAUGUGAUGACCAGCUUGUAUAUGUGGUCAUGAGAGAUGGAAUUGUUAUGAUACUGGCAGCUUCCGACCUCAGUCCAAGAUUUGAGCUUGAUCCCUCUGUUUACCUUCCACCUACGCUCAGUUGUUGUGUGCAUCCAACUGUUGUUGCCGCUCAUCCACAAAAGCCAAACCAAUUUGCACUGGGACUAACAGAUGGUGGAGUUGUCGUCAUUGACCCUCCUGAACCUAAAAGGACAUGGACUUCAUUCAGUUGACAAUGUAUC